UUUUAAAGUUUUUAACCUCUAGUUUAAAAUUUUAGGGCUCUCCGGAUUCUACCAAGGAGAUGUGGAGCUACUUUGAGCCUGGAUAACACUGUAGAAAUUUAACAAGCGAAGCGGCUAUUGUAAAGAGUGCUGGGCCAAAAGCACAAAAUUACUGAAUCUCAGAAAGCUGUAAGAGAGCAGAGAUCUGAACUACAUUAUGUCGCUCCUGCUUCCAGGCUACACCUGAGCUCGAAUUGAUCUUUUAUGAUUACAUCCACAAAGAUGCUGUAGGAGGAGUUUCAGUACAGAAACAUGGAAUCCAGAGGAAUCUUCAGUACUCAGGAAACAGACUCUAGUCCUUCGGGUGUAAAAACAGGCAGGGAAAGAAAACCUCACCACUGCUCUGAUUGUGGGAGGAGCUUUACUCUGGAUAGUGCUCUCAGAACACACCAGCGCAUUCACACUGGAGUGAAACCCUAUCAAUGUUCUGAAUGUGGGAAGAACUUUACUCAAAAGGGUCAUCUCCAGCGACACCUGCAGAGUCACACCGGAGACAGACCCUAUCACUGCUCUGACUGUGGGAGGAGCUUCACUCAACAGAGUGUCCUCAAAACGCACCAGCGCAUUCACGCCGGAGUGAAGCUGUAUCACUGUUCAGACUGUGGGAGGAGUUUUAAUCAACAGAGUCAUCUUCAACGACACCAGCGCAUUCACACUGGAGAGAAACCGUAUUGCUGUUUAGAGUGCGGGAAGAGUUUUAAUCAGCAGACUCACCUCCAAAUACACCAACGAGUUCACACUGGAGAGAAACCGCAUCAGUGCUCCGAGUGUGGACAGAGUUUUAGUGUUCAGACUACUCUCCAAACACACCGGCGCAUUCACACUGGAGAGAAACCGUAUUACUGCUCAGAGUGUGGGAAGAGUUUCACUCGAGAGGCUCACCUCCAGCACCACCUGCUCAGUCACACCGGAGACAAGCCUCACAAGUGCUCAGAAUGUGGGCGGGGCUUUCCUACGCAGAGUAUUCUUUGGCGACACCAGCGCAUUCACACCGGCGCGAAACCGCAUCAGUGCACAGAGUGCGGGAAGAGUUUUAAUUUGUGGACUAAUCUCCAGCGACAUCAGCGCAUUCACACUGGAGAGAAACCUUACCAGUGCUCAGACUGUGGAAAACAGUUUAAUCAGCAGAGUCAUCUUCAACAGCACCAGCACGUUCACACCGGCGAGAAACCCUAUCCAUGUUCAGAGUGCGGGAAGAGUUUUACUCGACAGAGUAAUCUCCAAACACACCUACUCAGUCACACACACACCUAAACGUAAAGUAAACGUAAACGUAUUGUUAAAAAAGUGUAUGUGUGAAAUUGUAGCACAUUAUGCUGCAGACUAAAACAUGCAUGUUUUAUUGAUAUUGACCCUGUUAAAGUAUUACUCGAUUAGAUGACUGCUAUUAUAUACAAUUGGUAGCAUGUUUUUUUAUUUGUGUAAAAAAAAAAAUCACCACCCUAAUCCACAAUCCCCAUUCAAUAAAGAGUAAUUAAACUCUAAACCAUAUUUUGUUAAUUAUUAGCUGAAAUAGAUGUGUUCUUUUGAAUUAGAAUAAGACAUACCAGUCCUGCUAUUUUUUUUUUUAUAAACGAUUAUUUUGGUUCAUUUAAAUUUUUGCCUCUGCAGCACCCUCUCAGGUUCAACUGUGCUAUAGGUGAGAAUGAUGUGUCUGUGUACGUUGGUGCCAGUGUUCUGUCAAGUUGUGCUACCUUGUCAAACCGUGCUACCCUAGUAGUUUUUU